CCCCCCUCUCUCUCUCUCUCUCAAUCAAAACACAGCAGCAAAAUUCAAAACCAAAUCCAAAAAAUCCAAAAUUAUACCUUGUCCCUCAUCCCAAAUCAUCUAUAAAUCCCAAUCCCCUCCUCCUCCCUCCCAACUCUUCCCCUCAUUUCCAACCUUCUCACAUAUUCUUCCUUCCUCCACCUGUAACCUCCAUAAAAGAAAACCCUAAUUACUCGGUCUUCUCUCUCCUCGGCCCAAACCUCUCUGAUCCUCUCUCUCCUUCCAUUUCCGCCUCUUGAUCCACAGAUUCCCGCUUUGUAUCCCUCGCCAGUGAUUAUACGUAUAGGUUUUGUAUCUAUCUUUACGAUUUCCGAUCUUUUUUUUUUUUUUUUUUUUGACGAAUUAUAAGCAACUGAUUGAUUAGUUGUUGUUGCGAGGCGGUUUUCGUGUUCGAUUGGAGUUUGUAUAGUUGAGAUUGCUGUAACUUUAGAGAGAGAGGGAGAGAGAGAGUGGAGAUGAGUAAUAAUAAUCAGAAGAAGAGGAAUUUUCAGAUAGAAGCGUUCAAGCACAAGGUGGUGGUGGAUCCGAAGUACGCCGACAAGACGUGGAAGAUACUGGAGCAUGCGAUUCACGAGAUUUAUAAUCACAAUGCUAGCGGCCUCAGCUUUGAAGAGCUUUAUAGAAAUGCUUACAACAUGGUGUUGCACAAGUUUGGUGAGAAGCUGUAUUCGGGACUUGUGUCAACAAUGACUUUCCACCUAAAAGAGAUAUCAAAAUCUAUAGAAGCUUCCCAGGGCGGUUUGUUUCUGGAGGAGCUGAACAAGAGAUGGACAGAUCACAAUAAGGCACUACAGAUGAUCCGUGACAUUCUAAUGUACAUGGACAGGACUUUUAUUCCCAGUACCAAUAAAACUCCUGUUCAUGAACUUGGGCUGAACCUCUGGAGGGACAAUAUUAUACACUACAGCAAAAUUCAGACAAGGCUUCUGAACACCCUUCUUGAACUUGUACUGAGGGAACGGACAGGUGAAGUUAUCGACCGGGGUCUAAUGAGGAGUGUUAUUAAAAUGCUUAUGGAUUUAGGACCCUCAGUUUACCAAGAAGAUUUUGAGAAGCCUUUUCUUGAAGUUUCAGCUGAUUUCUACAGGGUUGAGUCUCAGAAGUUCAUUGAGUGCUGUGACUGUGGUGAUUAUCUAAAGAAAGCUGAGAGGCGACUGAAUGAAGAAAUAGAGAGAGUCUCACACUACUUGGAUUCCAAGAGUGAAGCCAAGAUUACUAAUGUUGUGGAGCAAGAGAUGAUUGCUAACCACAUGCUGAGAUUAGUCCACAUGGAGAAUUCAGGCUUAGUAAACAUGCUUCUUGACGACAAGUACGCGGACUUGGGAAGAAUGUACAACCUGUUUCAUAGGGUACCAAAUGGUCUCUUAACCAUUCGAGAUGUCAUGACUACCCACCUAAGGGAAACUGGUAAACAGCUUGUUACGGAUCCUGAAAAGUUGAAGGAUCCUGUGGAGUUUGUCCAGUGUCUUUUGGACCAAAAAGACAAGUAUGAUAAGAUCAUAACAAUGGCAUUCAACAACGACAAGACUUUCCAAAACGCUUUAAAUUCCUCUUUCGAAUUCUUCAUCAAUUUGAAUGGUCGGUCUCCAGAAUUCAUUUCAUUGUUUGUGGAUGAUAAACUGCGGAAAGGACUAAAAGGGGUGAGCGAAGAGGAUGUAGAGAUUGUUCUUGACAAGGUUAUGAUGCUGUUCCGUUACUUACAGGAGAAAGAUGUGUAUGAGAAAUAUUACAAACAGCAUUUGGCAAAGCGACUCCUAUCUGGUAAAACAGUUUCCGAUGAUGCAGAAAGAAGUUUGAUUGUCAAGCUUAAGACAGAAUGUGGGUACCAGUUCACUUCAAAAUUAGAAGGCAUGUUCACGGACAUGAAAACCUCACAGGACACGAUGCAUGGAUUCUACGCAGCCCACGGGUCUGAAUUAGGAGAUGGUCCCACUCUCGUAGUCCAUGUUUUGACCACUGGGUCCUGGCCCUCUCAGACUACUGUAACUUGCAAUCUGCCCUCCGAAAUGACUGCAUUAUGCGAGAAGUUCCGGUCGUAUUACCUUGGGACCCACACAGGGCGGAGAUUGUCUUGGCAAACUAACAUGGGAACUGCCGAUCUGAAAGCGACCUUUGGAAAGGGCCAAAAGCAUGAACUGAAUGUUUCCACUUAUCAAAUGUGCGUCCUAAUGCUUUUUAACAAUUCCGAUCGGCUUAGCUAUAAGGAGAUUGAGCAAGCCACUGAGAUUCCUUCUUCUGACCUAAAAAGGUGCCUUCAAUCCCUAGCUUGUGUUAAGGGAAAGAAUGUUCUUCGAAAAGAGCCGAUGAGCAAAGAUAUAGCGGAAGACGAUGCAUUUUUGGUUAACGACAAGUUUAGCAGCAAAUUUUACAAGGUCAAGAUUGGGACUGUGGUUGCGCAGAAGGAGUCUGAGCCGGAAAAGCAGGAGACAAGGCAGAGGGUGGAGGAGGACAGAAAGCCUCAGAUUGAGGCUGCAAUAGUGAGGAUCAUGAAGUCGAGGAGAGUUCUGGAUCACAACAAUAUUAUUGCAGAGGUGACGAAGCAGCUGCAGUCCCGUUUCUUGGCAAACCCGAGCGAGAUUAAGAAACGAAUUGAAUCUCUGAUUGAGCGGGAUUUCUUGGAGAGGGAUAAUUCAGAUAGGCGAAUGUAUCGAUAUCUUGCCUGAAGGAACAGAUUCGGGCAGAUUUUACAUGGUUCUUGGUGCAGGUCAGCUUUUACAUUUGGAAUUGUACCUUAGUUGGCAUUCGAGAGAAAUUGUUUGUUUUUUCCAAACAUUGUUCAAGUUCUCAUGAUUUCGAUGAAUUUCUGUUUGUUGUUACUUCCUCCUUUUGCGUACCUUGUUGAUGCGUUUGGGUUAACUACCAGACCAGAUUGAACUUCAAGUUCAGAUUUAAAAUCUUAUAGCAGCUUUCUAUAAUUUC